UGACAGAAAGCGGUUGUCAAACAAAUCAAAAAUUCUUAAAUUAUUUUGGCGGUUUCUCUAGUUUAUAUUUGUACAAAUUUUCAGUAAAAUCACACAAUGACUACCUUUAAAGAUAAGUGUUUUCAAUACUAUGGUAGCACAGAUUUUUAUGAAGUUCUUGGCAUUACGAAAGACGCAACCUUAAAAGACAUUAAGAAAGCUUAUCACAAGCUAUCAUUACUUGUCCAUCCCGACAGAGUUGAGCCAAGCCAGAAAGAAGUCGCCACUCAAAAAUUCCAAGUUUUGGGACGAAUUCAUUCGAUACUUCAAGACAAUGACAAAAGAAAAAUAUAUGACGAACAGGGCGAUUUUGAUGAUGAAACAGACACUAAGUUUAACUGGAUGGACUACUGGUUCAAAAUGUUCAAAAAAAUCGAACUCAAGGAUAUACAGGAGUACGAGAAAAGUUACAUCGGAUCUGAGACAGAACGAAAUGAUAUUAAGAGAGCCUACGAAAGAAAUAAGGGUAACAUGAACAAAAUUUUGGAACUGGUGCCUUUCAGUAAUUGUAACAGCGAGCCGAGAAUCAUAGAAAUUGUUAGGGAGAUGGUUGACAACGGUGAAGUGCCAGAGUAUGAUGGAUUUUUCAAUGAGAGCAAAGCUAAAAAGUUGAGGAGACGAAAAAAGUGGGAAGCUGAAGCAAAAGAAACUGCUGAAAUUGACAUGAAUGAACUAGAAAAAGAGAUGGAGGAGAAUAUGAAAAAAAGAGGAAAGGUUUUUGUAGAUAUGCUUUCGAAUUUAGAAGCGAAAUACGCCCCAAAAAAGGCAAGGAAAUCUAUUACAGCAGCUAAGUCGCCCUCUACCAGGUCACGUAGAAAGACGAGAAGAUCAAGAUUGUAUAAGUUUAAAAAGUAUUGGUCCACUGCAGAUUAUAAUGGUUUUGUACCUUUCUUAGCGUCAAUGUUUCAAUAUUUUUAGUUUGGUUAUGUUAUUAAUAAAAGUAUUAUACAAGUAA